GUUCUGGUGGCGAUGAUGAUGGUUGUCGAUGCCACGGGAUUGGCGCUCAUCCCAUGGGAUCGACUAUCAGAUCUCAUCGUAGUGGGCGUUACUUGGUUCUUUAAGUUCUUCAUAUUUGGCGUGAAUAAUUUCGAAAAUUUGCCUUGUUUAGUCGGUGGUUCAAUACCGUACGUUUUCCAAUAUGCCGAAAUACAUCAUCGGCGGAACGCCCAAGGGUUCUCACUCUUCGUUUGCCUUGCUUUAUGUAUUGCGAACAUUUUGAGGAUAUUGUUUUGGUUUGGCAAGCGAUUCGAUUUGGCGUUGUUAGCGCAAAGUAUAGUGAUGUUCAUUUGUAUGAUCUUCAUGUUGGAGAUCGCAGUCCGAAUGAACAAGAAGCAUACGCCGAAAUCUCAGCAGAAGUCACUAUUGAGUAAGGUUUUCUUUUUACUUAUAAGUUAA